AUGGCUUUAUUUUCGAACAAGUUUGAGGUGAAAGGGAAAUUGGGUGUUAUUUCAGGAGCGUCCCAAGGUUUAGGUUUGGCAUUGGCUAAACAAUUAUAUUCUCAAGGUGCAAGUCUAAUAAUAAUUUCCAGGGAUGAUAACAAGCUCAAAUACGCAUGUGAAAGUAUACGGAAGAAUGCGUGUGAAGGUAUGAAGCAGUUUGUUGAAUAUAUGGCUGCAGAUCUUCGCGAUUACAAGUCAUCUUCAGCUGUUUUACCUUUAUUGGGCAAGUUAGGAAUAGAGAAUAUCGACUUUCUAUUUUGUUGUGCGGGUUCAGCUCAUCCGAGAUAUUUCCUCAAUAUGACACACGAGGACUUGGAAUUUGGACUUCAGACUAAUUACAUAACUUGUGUGAACCUUGUUCAUCUUCUUGUAAAGAGGAUGAUAGAUACAGAAGCGUUAGAAUCAUGCUCAAAGCAGGAUAGUGCUAUAGACGACUUCAAAAAGGCAUUUAGAAUUGGUGCAAAGGAGCCUCGGAUCAGGCAUAUUGUGCUUGUUUCGUCCGUGGUGGCUUUCUAUAAUUUUAUUGGUUAUGCUGAGUACGGACCCUCGAAAGCAGCUAUAAAAUCAUUUGGAGAUUCGAUCAGACAGGAACUCAGGCCAUACAAUGUUGAUGUGCAUGUUGUUUUCCCCGGAAACUUCUCCUCUGAGGGAUAUGCGGUGGAAAAUAAAACAAAACCAGAGGCAUGUAAGGUGAUUGAAGGAUCUUCUAAACCUAUAAGUGUCGAUAAAUGUGCAGGUAUCAUUAUCAAGGGCUUGCAGCACGGAUACAUGUACAUUUUCACUGAUUUCAUUGGCUGGGUGCUAGAAAGUUUCAGCUUAGGCCUAGAUCCAAGGCAAUGGGGUAUUGUUCAGGUUUUCCUUGCGUUAAUUGGAGCCAUAAUUGGUGGAAUUGUUGAUCAAAUCCACCAGGUCUACAUUCAGGGAUACUUCCGGAAGGAAGGGGGAUUCAUAACCGACGAAAAGGUCUCAAAAGAGAAAGCUGAUGACAUGGAAGAUGCUGAGAAUUGA